CGCGAUUUAGACACACUUUGGAUUUCUGCGCAGCCGGUCGUCCGUCGUACCUAUAACACACCAAUUUGAUCGCAUAACAUAACAUAUUUAGGUACAUAAUAUUAUAGUGUCGUUGCUUUUAUAUGCACCGCUGCACGUGUACAAUUUUUCAUCACGCGUGUACCUACAUUAUUAUUAUCGCGAAGUAGUAGAACCUAAUAUAAUAUCUAUAAGUCAAUAAAGUAAUGAUUUCAAGCGGUAAAAUGAUAUCAAAAUGUAUUCUACUAUCAAUUAUUACGAUGUGAUUUCGGUCAAUGGUCAUAAUUAAUAUACCAUUACAGUGCGCUCGUUCUACGUUAUCCACGUUACUAUAAUAAUAUAAUAAUAUAAAUAUUGCCAUUUUGCUGUUGCGGUCGCUACAGUUCGACGCAUCUGUGUUUGCACUGGAGGACGUCCACAGUUUUCAACGCUGCAAUUGAUUUCCAUUGUGACUGCUCAAACGUUUUACGAUAACGGACCAAUAUUUUAUACGAUAUCGUGUGGAUGUAACUAUAUAGACUAUAUAGGACAUGGCCCGCGAAACGAAAUAAUAUAAUCGUCAGAAAAACGAACAAAUAUUGGACGUAGUUCGGGUGUCCACACACUCACGACAAAAGGUGCAGUGUACCGUAGUGGUGAUGGCCAUUUACUCAACCAUACCGGUAACAAAAGUGACAGCGGUAAUGGAAACGCGGUAACGGAAACGACUGCUUACUUGUUUGUACUUGCAAGUACAUGUGCGGGAAAGUGUGCGUACGAGCAUUGGAAAAGGCGGUCUUGUUGGGCGAUGAUACGCGGUCGGCGGCGUGUGCCGAAAGCCCGUGGCCAAUGAUCGUUGUGACCCGUGACAACCACAGUAGAAGCGCUGCGACCACAACCACGGUGGCAGUAGCAGCGCCGGCAACGGUAACGGUGGCUCAGCAGGUCACCACUUGGUCCUCCGGUUCGCCCGCGGCAGUCUGCAAGAUGCGCUCGUCCGCCGCGGUGACUGUCAUCGCCAUCGUCGUCAGGCUGACGGCCGUACUAUUGCUACUGAUGGCGUCUGUACGCCCAGCCACCGCUAUGGGACAGCUCCAGGGCCAGUACAACGGCCCAUAUCCGGACAUAUGCCCCAGUGAUAUAUAUUGUCACGGAGAACUUCUAGACGAUAUACAAAUGCAACAGCUGUAUUCAGACUCCAAAACGUUCGUAGACAAAAAGUUACGUCGUAGUGAAGCUGAAAUCAUAAAGUCAUAUAGGGAAUUAAAAUUACGAAAUAACGGUCGAGUGCCUACUCGUGCUGUGCUUACCAAAUUUGUUGAAGACAACUUUAGCGAUGACCCGUUGGUCGAGUGGGUGCCACCUGAUUUUGUUGAGACCCCCACUAUCAGUACUUACGUACAGGAUCAAAAUUACAAAAUUUGGAUCUUGCAACUUAAUCAAAUUUGGAAAAGAUUGGCCCGGAAGGUAGAUGAAGACGUUAAAAUAAACCCCGAUCGGCAUUCAUCCAUUUAUUUGCCAAACGGAUUCUUCAUAGCUGGUGGCAGAUUCACUGAACUCUAUUAUUGGGAUUCGUAUUGGAUCAUACGAGGAGCCAUAUUGUGUGACAUGAAAGACUCUGCCAGAGGAAUCAUACAAAAUUUUCUUUACUUGGUUCAUCGCUUUGGUUAUGUACCGAACGGAAGUAGAAUUUACUAUUUAAUGAGAUCUCAGCCACCGCUCCUCAUCCAAAUGGCUGCAUCAUAUUAUACAUAUACAGAUGAUUUGGAUUUUAUCAAGAAAAACAUACAAUAUCUGGAAGCUGAAUUCAAUUUUUGGAUGACAAACCGAACAAUUAAAGUUGAAAAGGCAGGUAAUACCUACAUUAUGGGACAGUACAACACACAUACUCGGGGACCACGACCCGAAUCCUAUUAUCAAGACAAAACUUUAGCUACGCCCCUUUCUAGCGUAGACGAUAAAAAUGAGUUAUAUUCAAGAUUAAAAGCUGCCGCCGAAACUGGUUGGGAUUUUUCGACCAAACAUUAUAAUAAUUUUGGUCAAAACACUGGAGAUUUGUCUAAUACGGAUCCUCAGAAUUUUAUUUACGUAGAGUUAAAUGCAAUAUUACAAGCUAACGCAGUGGUUCUUGCACAAUUAUUUAAAUUACUGGGUAAUCAAGCUAAAUUCAAAUAUUAUAAUGACAUCGGUCACCGUUUUCAGAUUGGAAUUAACGCGUUGCUGUGGAACGAAGAAGAAGGUAUUUGGUUAGAUUAUGACUUAACCACUAAACUAAGUCGUAAGUAUUUCUAUACGUCCAAUUUUGCACCAUUAUGGACUGGUAGUUACGAGAGAAAACUUAGAACGUAUUAUGGUAAACGGGUGUUGGACUAUUUAAUAGUUAAUGGUGUUAUCAACCAAGAUGGAACUCCAAAAUUAAUUUGUGUACCAACAUCGAAUGUGAACUCUUCCCAACAAUGGGACUAUCCAAAUUGCUGGCCACCACUCCAAGCCAUGGUAAUCCAAGGUUUAGACCGCACAAACUACAAACCGGCCCAGACUGUUGCUAUAAACUUGGCCAAGUCAUGGAUAAACACUAAUUACGUCGGAUACAUAACCAGCGGUACUAUGUUUGAAAAGUACAGUGCACUUGAAGUGGGCACGACCGGUGGUGGUGGCGAGUAUACGCCUCAGACAGGAUUUGGAUGGACGAACGGUAUCGUUUUCGAACUGUUCCGGAGAUGGGGACACCUAUUUCGAUCUACUUAAAUACCAUACUACUGAACCGACCAUGUAUUCAUAUUGUAUAUAUAUAUAUCUACGUAAUAUUUUUGUAUUUUUUCCCCUUGCCUAAAUUUUAAAUUAAAACUACCAUAGGGUAUAUUAUUAUAGACAUAAAUGUACAGCAUGUCCAUGUGUGUUAUUGUAUAUAAUUAAUAUUAUAUUUUAUACAUGUAUAUUGUAUAUAUAUUAUUAUGUAUGAUGUUUGUUUAAUAAAUUAUGAUAUUAUAAUUAAA